UGACGGAAGGUGUGUGACUGUGGACGGGGAAGUGCUGAAGCCGCCGCUCUGCUAACACACAGAGAGAGGAGAGAUGGCAGCGGCAGAGCCCCGGUCCUUAACCCGGCCUACAACCCGGACAGAUCAUCAGACGUCAGUGCUGCAGCUGCUGCUGGCGGUGCUGGUGCUGCUGGCGGCGGUGCGGCCGCUGGGCGCCGUAUCGGAGCCGGGGAAAUGGAUCCUGGAGGUGGACAGCGAAUUGUUAAAGAAGCAGUCCAUCUUCUAUUUCUCAAAGACCAUGUUCAAUAACACCCAGAUAGAGCUCAAAUGGCUCACAGAAACGUGCCCAUCUCCUGUAAACUUAAGUAUAUCAUGGUACCUACGCAGCUCAAGGUGCUAUGACGAGGUGUUUUCCUUAGAUGCUCAAAAGGCAAAAGAAUACUUCAACAACAACCAAUUUCAAGUGGUUCAGAAGGGUGGCAGUGGUUUAUACAUCUUUCACCAGUACGGUCCAAUUGAGUGCCAUCAGCCUAUGACCAGAGAUUAUUUACCACUGACAGAUUAUGAUAAGCGGACUGAGCUGAAGCCCUUUGAACCACCAGCAACACCUGACACUCAAGGGAGGAGGAGGAGAGACCUUACAAAGGAGUCCGGCACGGCUGGGGAAAGUAAAGACAAAACAACAGCAACUGAGAAAGAUCAGAGCACAUCACACUAUGCAGUGGCACGGACAUGGGAGGACAGCCCUUACAUGUUCCUCAUCUCUAUAAAUCCAAUAAACCCGGUCACAGAUACAAAGUGGAGCAUCCGGUUGGAAGUCAGCAUGAAGGGACCUCAUCAGUAUAUUUCUGCAUCUGAGUGGCCUUUGAUGAUUUUCUACAUGGUAAUGUGCAUCAUUUAUGUGGUACUUGGGGUGCUGUGGCUUGCUCUCUCGGCCUGUUACUGGAGAGAUCUUUUGCGGAUUCAGUUCUGGAUCGGAGGGGUCAUUUUCCUGGGGAUGCUAGAGAAGGCUGUCUACUAUGCUGAGUUUCAGAGCAUCCGUUAUGAUGGCCUAUCAGUUCAGGGAGCCGUGGUGUUUGCCGAGGUGCUGUCUGCUGUGAAAAGAACUCUGGCUCGAGUGCUUGUUAUUAUUGCGAGCCUUGGUUACGGCAUUGUGAAGCCUAGGCUUGGGGCGUUGCUGCACAGAGUGGUGGGGGUAGGACUGCUCUACCUCAGCUUCUCCAUUGUUGAGGGGGUCCUGAGAGUCAACUCAGAGCAAGGGGGCUCCACCAGAAUACUGUGUGACAUUGUUCUGGCUGUCACAGACUCUGGCAUUGUGUGGUGGAUCUUUAUAAGCCUGGCACAGACCAUGAAACUUCUGCGGCUCAGAAGAAAUGUAGUGAAGCUCUCCCUCUACCGCCACUUCACCAACACCCUCAUAUUUGCUGUCAUAGCCUCAGUCAUUUUCAUUGUUUGGACAACAAAGACAUUCAAGUUAUCCAAGUGCCAGUCUGACUGGAGGGAGUUGUGGAUAGAUGAUGCAUUCUGGCGCUUCCUCUUCUCUACAAUCCUGCUCGUCAUCAUGUUCCUUUGGAGACCCUCUGCAAACAAUCAGAGGUAUGCCUUCAGCCCAUUAGUGGAUGAGGUUAGUGAUGAGGAGGAGGCAGAGCAACUCAUGAAUGAAGCCUUUGAAGGUGUGAAAAUGAGGGGUAUUAAAUCAGAAGCCAAUGGAAAUGUGAAGCCUAAUAAAGUGGAUGAAGAUCUGAAAUGGGUUGAAGAAAAUAUUCCCUCUUCUAUAGCUGAUGUUGCACUGCCCCCUCUGUUGGAUUCAGAUGAGGAAACGAUGACGACAAAAUUUGAGAUGUCAAAAAUGGAAUAGAAUCACAACUUGUGUAUGUGUAUGUAUUGUAAAUAUUAACAAUGUAUGUGACUAUGAACAGUUGUUUUACUCUACAUUAUAUGCUUUGUAAGCGAUGAAUGUAAAUAUGUGGGUUGUGGAUAAUAAGGGUAUGAAAACGAUGGAUUUUUAUUUGUAUUGCCUGUAUGUAUUUAUAUUUUCACUGGAAGAAUGUCUGUUUCUUUAACACAAAUUGUUAUAUUGAUUUUGACAUUUGUUUACAUCUCUGAAAUGAAAAGUGUGAUUUAAAACACUAGUUCAGAGCUCUUACAAAUAUUUUUUUUGCACAACUAUUCCUGUUUUUAUCAUAUUUAAAAAAAAAAACAAAAAAAAAACUUAAAAUGGCCAUCAGUGUCAGGUUGGCUUGUCAUUUAUUCACUGAACAAACACUGAACACUAAACAUCUUUUUUUCUGAAAGGAGUUUAAUGUUCCGUGCAUUUUAGCCAUUACACACUCUGCCUCUGGGCAUGUAAAGAUGAAACAGUGGAGAAUUUGGGUAACAGGUUGUUUUUAUAUGUUAUUGACUAUCAGGGCAUGUCUUUCAAAAAUUACCUCAAAAUAUAAAUUCUGUGUCUAAAUAUUUUUUCCUGGCUCAAUGCCCUAUCGCUAUUACUAAUAGUACUGCCCUGUACUAUUAUUGACAAAUUUAUAAAGCAGUUUAUAAUAGCCAAUUAUCAGCCUGCUUAGAGUUUUGAGCCUUUUGUUUGACUUUUUUCGAUUCUUGGUUGUUGAUAUGUAAUAUAUGUAAGAUUGUGAUUGAACUUUGUGGGGAAAUUUGGCACUUGUCUUUAGGCCACGAGGUGUUGAUGUAACAAAACAACAAAACAGACCUAGUGAAUGAAGUUCAUCCAGCUUUCAGCUGUCAAUAUGUAUUGAUUUUCUUCUUAGGCUACAUUCAUUAUGCAUCAGUCUGCGUUAUUCGCCAAUACUGUAGCAGUCAAUGUCUGACCUGUUUUGUCCUGUUAAGCUGUUUAGUCUGGUUCUUAUUUAUGAUUCUUCUUACUCAGUUCAUCUUCCCUAGUCUGUUCAACAAGUUUGCUGGAGGUUCUCUCCCAAUACCUGUUAACAGACCUGUUUAAAUCAUAGUGUUAAUAUUUAAAUGAUAUCCAGGAGAAUCGUGUAAACAGACAACAGCACUGUGGUUGUCAAGGAUGAUGCAAUCCUAUGUAUCUCAGCUGAAUACUCUAACAUUGAGAUGAAGUGAGAGAUCAGCUUGCAGUCAGACAACAUUGCGAUUAAAGAGUCCCAUUUAUGUAAUCCGGUGCAAAAUAACAUCUGCUAUUAACAUCUGUAAUGUUUACAAUUAGUGACUUACAUAAUCAGAGCUUGUAUUACCAAGAUUAGACAUCUAUCUGCAUUUUAUGGAUUUAUUUAUUUAUUUUCUUCUAUGUAAAACUACAUUUUAAGCCUUCAUUGAAAAAUGUUUGAUGCUGUGGUAACUAUCAUCCAUUUAUUUUGUUGCUGUUUAUGACACUUUUUCUUUUUAAAUCUUCCAAGUUGUGAAAUUUCACAUGUCCAAUGAUUUUCUGUGGAAAGAUAAAUCGUGCAAGAAAGCCAAGAGAAUGAAA